GUUUUCCUUGUUGUUCUCAUCUUGGACUGACUCUGCAAUAACAUCUUGGACUGAACCUGCAAUAAUGGCUGCCAACACAAAUAUGGAGUAUCGCUUUUUGGGCCGUAGUGGGCUAAAGGUUUCCGUAUUCUCUCUGGGAGGAUGGGUUACCUUUGGGGGACAAGUUGGUAAUGAAGCAACUUUCUCGUGUAUGAAAGCCGCCUAUGAUGCAGGCAUCAACUUUUUUGACAAUGCCGAAGUAUACGCUGGAGGUGAAAGUGAACGUGCUAUGGGACUCGCGAUCAAGCAUUUUGGCUGGAAGCGCAGUGAUCUGGUGAUCUCUACAAAGAUUUACUGGGGUGGAAAAGGGCCCAACGACACAGGUCUCUCCCGCAAGCACAUUGUCGAGGGAACAAAGGCUGCUCUUGAGCGUCUCCAGCUGGACUACGUGGAUCUUAUCUUUGCCCACCGUCCGGACAACUUGACCCCUAUGGAGGAAAUAGUUCGCGCUUUCAACUGGGUGAUUGAAAAGGGUUACGCAUUUUACUGGGGUACCAGCGAAUGGUCCGCGGAGCAGAUCAGCGACGCCCAUCGGAUCGCUGAGAAACUUGGUCUUAUUGGACCUUUGAUGGAGCAACCCCAAUACAACAUGUUCCACCGUGAGAGGUUCGAGGUCGAGUACGCCCCUCUGUACAAAAAGCACGGUCUAGGAACCACGAUCUGGUCACCCCUUGCCUCUGGUGUCCUGACGGGCAAGUACAACGCCGGGGUCGUCCCAGAUGGUUCUCGUUUUGCCCUAAAGGACAGUGCUGUGAUCCAGCGUAUUAGAGCUAGCGCACUAGACACUGAGGAAGGCAGAACAAAGAUCGCCAAAGUUCAGAAACUCGAGCCGAUUGCUAAAAAGCUUGAUUGCACUCUUGCACAAUUGGCCUUGGCAUGGUGUGCCAAGAACCCCAACGUGUCUACCGUUAUCACUGGUGCUAGUCGACCGGAGCAGGUGGUGGAAAACGUGAAAGCCAUAGAGAUAUUACCUAAGCUUACUCCCGAAAUUUUGGCUGAGAUCGAGGAGAUCCUGGACAAUGCACCAAAGGCUGAUGUGGACCGUUACUAGAAUGUGCACACAUGGCAUGGCCAGAAUGAGACCAGAGGCUGUUUCGACAUUGGCGGUUAAAUAUAUAGUUCUAUGUGGCGAUCUUUAGCAUCGUCGUAUAUGCGUUAGAUAUUUGUCUUCAAGACUAUUAAACUGUUGAACCCACAAAAGUGGAGACGUUUUUCAACAUGUGACCAGAGCAACUUCAAAUCGGA